ACAGCACGCAGGCAGGCAGGCAGGCCAGCAGCAGGCUGUUCUUCCUCUGGAGAGCUCUCCCCUGCUACACCACGACAGACUGCUACGGCUGAAGAGAAACGUGUCUCAGCUUUUACUUCUGUCGUAUCAAACAUGGAUGGUUUCCAAACAAUCCUGAAAUUCAUCAUGAACCAGAAAACCGCUAUAGGUUACAGUUUUAUGGCACUGCUGACAAUGGGAGGGGAACGUGUGUUUUCUUUUGUUGCUUUCAGAUGCCCCUGCAGCAAUGAAAACUUCAGGUAUGGUUUGGUAUUUCUCUUCUCCCCAGCUUUUGUUUUGCUAGUUAUUGGAUAUUUCCUGAACAGCAAUACCUGGAAACUAUUUACAGGCUGCUGGGUGAAUCCCAGAAAAAUAUUCCCCAGAGGGAAUAUCUGCCGUUUCUUCUACGUCUUUGGACAAAUCACUCUAAAUGCUCUGGUAGCCCCAGUGAUGUGGCUUUCUGUGGCUUUGCUCAAUGGGUCUUUUUAUCAGUGUGCCAUGAGUGGCUUGAAAAAUCCUGCCUACUUACAUGCAGUUUGCCACAGCAAAUCUGCAAAGUGCUUUGAAGAGCUACACAAGGUAGCCUGUGACAAAAGCUCCAUGCCCUCUUCAGAGAGUGACGAACUGAAACAAACUCUUCAGGCACAGUCCCAGAUUUUAGGUUGGUGUGUGAUAGUUACCACAGCUCUUCUCUCCCUGCUAAUCACUUGCUGUGCCAGCUGCCAGUCGAAAGUCAGUCACCUCCAGCUGAAGUUCUGGAGGGUGUAUGUGGAGAAGGAGAAGGAGCAACUGGAGCAGAUUUUCCAGCUGUAUGCCACCAAGCUGAGCGACAGAAACCUGAAGUGCUUUUUUGAGAACAAGGAACCGGAAACGAUUCCCCUGCCAGCUUUUCAGGCAUGGGAAGACGCUUCCCAACUCUACUCUUUCAGCAGUAGCAAACAACAUUACAGCACAAUUCACAGACUGGUUGAAGAAGGCCAGAAAGGAACCAAUGAGGAAAGAGAGACAAUCCUGGAUGUGGUAGACAGAAGGGAAAUACCAUAGAUAAAAUAUGUUUUCUGCUUGUUUAUAUCUUGCUAAUAUAGCAUACUUCUAGCUGGUUUCACCUCUAUAUUUUUUUCACAAAGCCCCUUUCUUCUUCUUCAAAUUCUCUCCC